AUGGAGAUGAGCAAGAAAGACGCAGAGAAAAUUCGCCUCAUCCAGACACGAAUCGGUAUUGUUUGGACUGGCAUCAUGAAAGGUUCCAGGUUCUACCGAAAAAACGAUCUCCAAAUGCAUGUGAAUGUUUCUGAGUGGCUCAACUAUUGGACCGAUUUUCGGGAGGCAGCAAAGGCUGGAAAUGAUUGGCCAACAUGUUCACUAGCUGGCAAUGUAGACUACCAAUGGCAUUCGGAAUUUGUCGAUCUUAUAUUCGAUGUCAUGGAUGGAAACGGUGAGUAUUCGUUCAGUUCGUUCUUUUUAUUAAUCUAUUUUUCUUCCUUGCUUUCUUUUACAUCUCGCAUGCUUUGUUGCGUUUUUAAAUCUUGCUUUCUUCACAUUUUGCCUUCUUUCUUCGUGUUUUGCCUUCUUUCUUCGUGUUUUGCCUUCUUUCUUCGCGUUUUGCCUUCUUUCUUCGCGUUUUGCCUUCUUUCUUCGCGUUUUGCCUUCUUUCUUCGCGUUUUGCCUUCUUUCUUCACAUUUUUCCUUCUUUCUUCACAUUUUUCCUUCUUUCUUCACAUUUUUCCUUCUUUCUUCACAUUUUUCCUUCUUUCUUCACAUUUUUCCUUCUUUCUUCACAUUUUUCCUUCUUUCUUCACAUUUUUCCUUCUUUCUUCACAUUUUUCCUUCUUUCUUCACAUUUUUCCUUCUUUCUUCACAUUUUUCCUUCUUUCUUCACAUUUUUCCUUCUUUCUUCACAUUUUUCCUUAUUUCUUCACAUUUUCCUUCUUUCUUCACAUUUUUCCUUCUUUCUUCAUUUUUCCUUUUUCUUCACAUUUUUCCUUCUUUCUUCACAUUUUUCCUUCUUUCUUCACAUUUUUCCUUCUUUCUUCACAUUUUUCCUUCUUUCUUCACAUUUUUCCUUCUUUCUUCACAUUUUCCUUCUUUCUUCACAUUUUCCUUCUUUCUUCACAUUUUCCUUCUUUCUUCACAUUUUUCCUUCUUUCUUCACAUUUUUCCUUCUUUCUUCACAUUUUUCCUUCUUUCUUCACAUUUUUCCUUCUUUCUUCACAUUUUUCCUUCUUUCUUCACAUUUUGCCUUUAUUUAUUUCUUCUUUUCCUUUCAUUUUAAUUCCCUUCAUUUCUCAUUCUUUCUGUCUCUCUUCCAUCUUUCUGUCUCUCUUCUCUGAGUGUCUCCUUAUUCUGGUUGGGAUCUGGUUUUGUGUAUUUGUGUCUCCCUAUGUGAGCUUUAUCUCGGAUUUGGAGAGUGUCGCUCCAUAUUUCUGGCUUAGUUUAACCUCGUGUGGUUGUCUUCCCCUCCUCGUUCUUUACUUUCGUGUUUGUCUUCAUCAUUUUCUUUCUGUCAUAUGCUUCCGUGUGUGUCUCCAUCGCACUCGAGUGUGUGUCCAUCACUCUUUCUGUCUGACCUCAGCGCUUAUUGUCUCUCUCUCUCUCUCUCUUUGUCCUACCUCAACUGUCGUCUAUGUUUCUCUCUUUGACCUUAGCUCUCAGUGUGUAUAUCUUUCUCUUUCUGUCUUUUUGAACUCGGCUCUUGGACGUGUAUCUCUUCCCUAUCUCUCUUUGUCUGACCUCAGCUCCCUGUAUGUCCCUCUCAACAAAUUCUUUCUCACCAAUAAUACUUGUGUUUAUGUCCCCUAUCUAUCUAUUUAUCUAUCUAUCUAUCUAUCUAUCUAUACACACACGCAGACAUAA